GAGAAAGGCAGUUUAAUGUUUAAAACAACACUUUGCUGCAGGACUGCAUGGACAGCUGUUUGCACGGAGGUCAACUUCAGCUGAUUGGUCCAUCUCAACCAAUAGUGGCGAUAGUUGGUGAUGACAUCAUUUUCCCAUGCCACCUGGAACCUGCAAUGAAUGCUUCUGACAUGAGGUUGGAGUGAGCUGAGGCCUGGGUUUGUGUCUGUGAGGGCAAACAGUCAAGAAUACGUAGUUACCAAACAGCCGUCCUACAGAGGAAGAACAUCAGUGUCCAUCGACAAACUGGAGCUCGGAGACGUUUCACUGAAACUCUCCAGCGUAAAAGUCUCUGAUGAGCAAACAUGCAGACGUUCCCACAGUACCAAGCUUGUUGUUGGCACCAUGAGGAAACAGUCAGCGGUGGAAGAAGUAUUCAGAUCUUUUACUUAAAGGUCCUGAUGACCUCUGGCUGUCAGCAGCAGAGUGACUGUGGAGACGAGACACGGCAACAGCUUCACCUGCAGAGUCCAACAGCAGAACAUCAACCAGACCAGAGAGACACACAUCCAUGUUCCAGGCGAGCAACACAACAUCACAGAGAGUUUGCAGUCGUCAUACAGCAGGAGUCCAGGAUGCUGCAUCCAAACCAUGAGUCCAACCAUGGAGAGUCCUUCAGGACCUUCAGCGGUUUGCGUUUCCUCGUUCUUCUGAUGCAGCCUUUUGGAGCGCUGUUAGAGUUGAUUUGUUCACAUCAACCAAUCGUGGCCCUGGUUGGUGAUGAUGUCAUUCUGCCGUGUCACCUUGAACCUCCCAUCAGUGCCAGUUCUGAGAGAGUGGAGUGGACCAAACCUGGUUUGGACCCAAAAUACAACCAUGUUCACCAAGAUGGACGACUGUUGUAUCAGCUUCAAAAUCCAUCUUAUAAUUAUCGUACAAGACUGUUUGUGGAUGAACUGACGAACGGAAACGUCUCCAUGAAAAUCUUCAGCGUGAAAAUCUCUGAUGCAGGAAAAUACUUUUGCUUCCUUCCAUCAAUAAAGGUGGAAGCUUCCAUCCAACUCACUGUUGGUGCUGUCUCCACGCCCAUCAUAGAGGUUGUCUCAUAUAAGAGUGGAAGGGUAGUGUUAGAGUGUGAGUCUGCAGGCUGGUAUCCAGAGCCUGAGGUGCUCUGGCUGGACGGUGAGGGAAAGCUCGUCUCUGCUGGAUCUACAGAGACCCUCAGAGGUCUUGAUGACCUCUAUACUGUCAGCAGCAGAGUGACUGUGGAGACGAGACACAGCAACAACUUCACCUGUAGAGUCCAACAGCAGAACAUCAACCAGGCCAGAGAGACACACAUCCAUGUUCCAGCUGAUGUCUUCAUGGUUCAGUCCUCUCUUGAUUGGAUUUGGAUCAUUGCCAUUCCUCUUGCUGCCAUGGUGGUCAUAUUAUUAUUGUGUUAUCACACGAUUACUGACAGAAUCAAGAGGAAACUAAUGCAGAAUUAAAAAAUCUGGUCAAGAAAGACAAAGUAUUAAGGCUGGUCCAGAGUCAUCCAUUACUGUUGAUCCCCAUUCACAACAUCACAGAGCUGAGCGUCUGUGGCGGAGCAGCCGUCUGCUUCUCCCCAUCCACUGUAGGUAAUACACUGAUUAUCGAUAAGUACCCCAUACAACCCGACCUAUCCCUUUAAAGACAGAAUCUAUAACAACAUGCAAUAAAGCUCUUCUGGGUGUUUCAGAAUCAAGACGUUUCGGCUCCCGAAGUCAUUCUCAAUUGAUGAAUUCUCACAAUUGAGAAUGACUUCCGGAUGGGAGCUGAAACGUCUUGAUUCUGAAAACAGUGUCCAGAUGACUACGACUGAAACCUUUUCUACGAUUUGUUACAGCAGCUCGUCUUUACGUCAGUGCACACAGGACAAAGUACUAGCAAAAAAUAUAAUACAAUAUACUAUAAAACUAUAAAAACAGAUCAGAAAAUAAAUUAAGUACCAGGUGGGUAUAAGUAUAAAAUAAGUGUGAAGUACCAAGUGGGUUUACCGGUUGAUGAUGAUAAUAUGGUAUAAUAAUACAAUGUAAAAAUAUAAGUAAUAAGUAGUGGUGCAGUUUGCAAUGGCCCAGCACUUCACAAGGACUCACCUGUAGGCCUGUGUUAUUUUUUAGUUACCUGGGUUUUCCCACUUUGCAUAGAGUCAAAUAGCAUGCAGACACAAACUGCCACUGUUAAUAUAUCACUUAUUUCAAAUGAAAUACUGAAAAUGGCUUCUAAUCGGACCCUUGAGAGUAAGGCCACUGGGCAGUCCAGCAACUCUUAUGGUCCUCCUUUGAUUCUCCCGGGACUGGUAGGGAGCCUUCCAGGACCUCCGGCCUCCUCUGAACGACACGGGCACACACAUGCAUGCACACGUUACGCAACUUUGCACAGUUUGACAAUUCUGACUUUCCCCUCCUGUUGACAUUUCAUAAAACUGCACUCUGUAUUUUUGCACUAGUAUGCAUCUGUGUGGAUUUUCAUAUAACCAGUAUCACCUUUGAAAUGCUUUCACUGUGUGUUGAGUCAAGAAGUCAGUGGCUCCUUCGCUGCUCAGUUCUAAGCUGGACUUUUGGCGGUCAGAUGGCAAAAUGGCCACCUUCACAAUAUUUGGGUAAACAAGAAGACCUACAUUUAAAAAUGUAACAGACACCGAAUGGACAAAUCAUAACAGAGCUAGGCAAUCCCUGUGAAAACAGUGUUGAGAUAUACUGAGAGAAAUAAGUGCUGGGGGAGAUUACAUUUACUAUGUUUACGUGGAGCCUAAUCUUCACUAAUAACUGGACUUCUAGCCAUAUCUGACUGCAUCAAUAGACCACCUUGAUCUGAACAGACUAGCCCAUACAGUAGGAAGUUAGUUUGAGGUAUAAGCCUUUGACAAUCUCUUCAAUGUGACAAUAUUUGGUGCCGAUAACUUUGUAAACAUUUGACCAAACCCAUGUGGUCUUACUGAGCAUAUUCUUUCAUGAAGGGUAGCUGUUAUUGUGACUAAGUACCUCUUUUGCUUGCCUUCUCGUGUUUAAUUGCUCAUUAUAUACAUUCUGAUUACAUGCUUUGAGUAUACAGAUCAUUGAUGACUACAUUUUGUAAACCCUAUGUUUUAUAAAAAAAUAAAUAAUUCAGCUGGAA